AUGCCAGAGACAAGUAGUAUCCCAGAUGUUACAGAUGUAGCGCCACAAGACCCUCAAGAACUAGCGAUCGCACCGGUAUUCCCAGUGAUCAGGGAUUAUCACUCGUGGAACCAAUUGGAGUCAAUCCGUGUGAGAGAACUGUUGAGUGCAUCCAAUAUUAGGGACGACCCGUUGAGUAACCAUGACUUUAAAGUUUAUACAUUUAAGCAAAUGAUGUGCGAAACUGGACACCGAAUGGAGAACUGGAUUAAGGAUACAAUAAGUUUCGCCAAAAGUCUCAAUGGAUUCAAGACUUUCUGUGCCGACGAUCAGUGGACUCUCGUUAAGAAUGGAUGCAUUGAAAUGUUUUUAAUGAGACACGCGUUGUAUUAUAAUGACGAGGUUAAUAUUAGCGACGAAGAGAUUACUAAUCAGAUAACAGAGAUAGAGAGUAGUGUAAUGUCUGAGACAAGUAGUGUCACUGAAGUUGCAGCUCCAGAUCCUCAGCUAGUGAUCGCACCGGUAUUCCCAGUGAUCAGCAAUUAUCACUCGUGGAACCAAUUGGAGUCAAUCCGUAUAACGGAACUGUUGAUUGCGUCCAAAAUUAUUGAAAUCCCUAUCACUGAAAAUGUGCAUAAAAUCUAUACAUUUAAACAAAUGAUAUGCGAAUGUCAGCAACAAAUGGAGGACUACAUUAGAGAUAUCGUAAGUUUCACCAAAAGUCUCAAUGGAUUCAAAAGUUUCUGUUCCGACGAUCAGUGGACUCUCGCUAAGAAUGGAUGCAUUGAAAUGAUUAUAAUUAGACAAGUGUUGAAUUAUAAUGACGAGGGGGUGGUCGGGGACGCUGCGUAUGAUACAGAGGCUGACCACGCGUUUGAUAGGCUAGAGUUCUUCGGCACCGGAACCCCAUUACCCGAGACAGAGAACGACAUCAACGAGUUUUGCGGAUUUUUGUCUGGAAAUGACGGCCAAACUCACUACCAGUCGGAUACAAAUAAGAGUCAAAAAUUUGUGGCCACACUGAAAGAGCCCCUGAAGGCCCUGCACGGGGCGGUUAUUGGCAGACAUAAUCCGGGUCUUUUCUUACGUGAUUUCUGUUCGAUGCCCAACAACACGUCGGUGGCCAAGGGCUGGAACAGUCGACUCGCGACCGCCAAACUGCUGAACGAUGCGACUGUCGGACAGCUAUUGCGGGCCCUUAAGGACGACCGACGCGACUCGCAAACCGGUAUCUAUUGCAUACUGGGCUCGUUCGCCGAGCAGAUGGAGCUGAGUCACGCCGAGCCGCCAGAGUUGAGGGCAUUCAUGAGGGGAAUGGUGGCCGCGAUCGCCGACUUGGCCAACACGGCCGAGCACUUGCAACUCGGUUGGCGUUCCGACAAUAAGUGCAAACUGGAAAGCCGUAAGCUUAGUUUGCUUGAGGGCAAACUGGAUGGUCUACGCUCCAUACAGUACAUCGCCCUACUGGCCAUGAACAAAUAUUUCUAACCAAGCAUAAUAAAUUAUUUAUAUAAGCUUGAAUAUAGUUAUAUUUAUUAUGAACACGUUGUUGUCAUUAUAAUCUAUGUCAAAAAUAAAUCGAUGUACCAAGAAUUUAAAAAAUUUAAAUGCAAAUUUUUUGAGUUGUUUAUUGACCUAAAAAUUAAUACGCUAAUCAAAUUGACCAGUG